UUGGCCGCGCCUACUUUCCCUGCAAAUCCUUUCGCACGGCGCUGAUCUAGGAGGAGGCAGCGGCGGCGGCGGUGGCCUCUGGACCUUACUCUCUGAAUUAGGUGCUUGACUGAAGCUGAUAGAGAAUGGAAACAUUUCCUUGGCAAUGUCUCUGGGAAGACUCCUCCGUCGUGCCUCUUCCAAAGCAUCUGAUCUCCUGACCUUAAAUGCCAGCAGCAGCUGUGGUGGUUCGUCUUCCAUCUUGGAUGGAGAGAUUAUCUAUUCCAAGAACAAUGUUUGUGUCCACCCCCCUGAGAUGCUGCAAGGUGUUGUGGAACAUCAUCCAGGCUACUUGUGCUUGUACAUGGAGAAGGACGAGCUGCUUGGAACCACACUUAUCCUGGCCUGGGUCCCCAACUCCCGUAUUCAGAGGCAGGAUGAAGAAGCUCUCCGUUACAUCACGCCUGAGAGCUCCCCUGUUCGCAAGGCUCCCCGCAAGCGCAACCGACACACUCAGGGUUUUGGCAUCCCUAUGCAGGCUUCUUCUGUUGAGCAGAAGCAAGCUGAGACCCCAAAGGAUGAGGAGGACAUUUUGACUGUAUCACAGCUAGUGAGGGAUGUGGCUCAUGUCAGCCCGCCUUCAGAAGAAGGGGACAGAUUGUCCCACAGCUGCUCAGCCACAUGCAACAUCCACAGUUCCGCUCAGCCUGCUCACAGUGACUCAGGAAUUUUAUCGACAAUCAGUUCUCAGGAUGAACAGAACCGAUUAGAGGAGUCCGUAGAGGAAGGGCUGGAGAGCCAUUUGGAGACAGGAGAAGAUGAAGGCUCUUUAGAGUUGUCUGCCGAUGAUGUUAGCAAAGAUAGCACAUUCGACUCGGAUUCAGAUGCCUUCUCUUCUCCGUUCUGCCUCUCACCCAUAAGCGAAGCACUUGUGGAAAAUGUUAGCUCUAUGUUCCUGGUUAAUGAAAACCGAGACCCAUGUGAAAGCCACAUGACUCGCUCAACCAGUUCCAGUUCAAGCCUUGACCCCAGUUCCCAGUUCCAGGAGAAUAAUGGGCAGGUCCAGGCCUCCAGAUGGGAUGAGCAACAGAAGGUCUUUGCCUUGGAACAGAUCUGUGGGGUCUUCAGAGUUGACUUGGGACAGAUGAGAUCUCUUCGCCUUUUUUUCAGUGAUGAGGCCUGCACCAGCGGACAGCUGGUGGUUGCUAGCCGGGAGAGUCAGUAUAAGAUUUUUCACUUUCACCAUGGUGGCCUGGAUAAACUCUCCGAAGUGUUUCAGCAAUGGAAGUAUUGCACAGAGACGCAUCUCAAAGACCAGCAGCUCACCGACAUGAAGACCUGCAUGCAGUUCUCCAUUCGCCGUCCCAAGCUCCCCUCCUCUGAGACCCACCCGGAGGAGAAUGCUUAUAAGCGCUUAGAUGUCUCUGGGUGGCUUCGUCAUUUAAACAAGGCUGGACAAGUCGAAGAAGAGUACAAGCUGAGGAAGGCUAUUUUCUUUGGUGGGAUCGAUGUCUCAAUCCGUGGUGAAGUUUGGCCCUUCUUGUUGCGCUACUAUAGCUAUGAAUCCACUUCGGAAGAGAGGGAGGCUCUCCGUAUUGCAAAGAGAGAGGAAUAUUUUCAGAUCCAACAGAAAAGGCUCUCCCUAGCACCAGAUGAGCAAAAGGCCUUCUGGAGGAAUGUGCAGUUCACCGUUGAUAAAGACGUGGUGAGGACCGACCGCAGUAACCAGUUUUUCCGAGGAGAGAACAACCCCAACGUGGAGACUAUGAGGCGGAUCUUGCUGAACUAUGCAGUGUACAACCCGGCCAUUGGCUAUUCCCAGGGAAUGUCUGACCUCGUGGCCCCCAUCCUUGCUGAGGUUCUGGAUGAAUCGGAUACUUUCUGGUGCUUUGUUGGUUUGAUGCAGAACACGAUCUUUAUCAGUUCCCCGCGGGAUGAGGAUAUGGAGAAGCAGCUGAUGUACCUGCGAGAACUGCUGCGGUUGAUGCACGUACGCUUUUACCAGCACUUGGCUUCCCUUGGGGAGGAUGGCCUUCAGAUGCUUUUUUGUCACCGCUGGAUCCUCCUCUGCUUUAAGCGAGAGUUUCCGGAUGCUGAAGCCCUGCGCAUGUGGGAAGCCUGCUGGGCUCAUUAUCAGACAGACUAUUUCCAUCUUUUCAUCUGUGUGGCUAUUGUGGUGAUCUAUGGGGAUGAUGUCAUUGAACAGCAACUGGCUACGGACCAGAUGCUGCUACACUUUGGGAACCUCGCCAUGCACAUGAAUGGGGAGCUCAUACUCAGGAAGGCUAGGAGUUUGCUCUAUCAGUUCCGCCUACUACCCCGGAUCCCCUGUAGUCUGCAUGACCUGUGCAAACUCUGCGGAACAGGCAUGUGGGACAGCGGCUAUAUCCCUGCCGUGGAAUGUACUGGAAAUCACCCUGACUCAGAUAGCUGCCCAUAUGGAGGCAUGGUGGAUGAGCCAUCUCCCAAGUCAGGAAAUGAUUGCAGGAGGGGACUUAAAACGCGAGAGGUCUUUGCUUUCCGGAAAUGACUGUUUGGGAUCGUAUAUUGGCUACACGAGGACUGCACAGCGGUGGGCACAGAAAACUUGGCACAGUCAGGGCCUGGCAAGCAAAAAAAUGGACAAAAAGUUUUUCUUCUGAUCCAAAAAUAAAGCUGGCCAUGGGAGGAGAACAGGAACGAUACAGAAUGGAAGAGUUUCCUGCUUUGUGAUCAGAGCUGGAUUUUGACAUGCAUCGUACGAGGAAGCCGGUUGAACAGGCUAUGGAGGUGCUUUGUAGUUUGGAGCAAAUGGAGAGAGAGGCUGAGGCUGGCAAAUCGGGGUCAAAAGUGACCUGGGAUUCCCUGCCACCCCAACCCUUGUCAGGUAGGGAAUAGUGACUGCUUUAGAAAAUGAAUCCACAACCAGCAACCCUGAUGGUAGGUGAAGGGACAGGGCCAACCGUGCCCCUUUGCCCGGGUGCACCCACACACCUAUGCAUGCAGAUACUGCUUUAACCAAAAUGCACCACUCACUGGCUUUAUGUAAAGCCACGAUGACCACCUGAAGUAUAGUCUGCCAAAAAACAAUAAAAAUACAAACUUUGGGGUUCCCAAAGGAAACAUUUCAGUGUGUGUGUGUGUGUGUGUGUGUAAACCUUGGUCACUGUAUUUUAAAAGCCUUUAAUUUUUCUCCAUAUACACAUCAAACAUUCGGCAUUAGGAAAGUGAGAAUUCAACAGCUUCACUGUGAAUGUAAAUUAUGCAAAACCGCACCUCAUACAAGAUGGUCUGUUUGAUUUAAACUUCUCAAAUAAAACAAACUGGGAAAGGUUCUUCUCGGUAUCCCAGUGGGAAGAAUCACUUUGUGGCAUUUAGCUUCAUUAACAACUUCUCCGAUGAGGACUUCAGGGGUCAGAGAAAGGAGGCUACAAGUUUUCGUUCUCCUUUCAAACCAGUAGCCUACAUUUAGCUCCCCUCCUCCAGUUUUAUUGCUGUUGAUUUAACUGUUUCCUAGUUAAAAUAACACUAAAAAACCACUUUACUGCAAGCAGUAGGAUCAUCCUGAAAUACUGAGUUGGUGAAAUGAAUGUCUUCCUGAAUAAUGUGAGGAUUAUUUCAGUCACUGAGUCAGUUCAAAAGUUAUUUAAGCAGAAGACCAGUAUAGAAGAAAACAAUUAACUGUUUAAAAAUAAAAAGGAAGGAAGGCCAAGCUAAAAAGAUAGUACCCUUAUUGCCAAUAUACAUUUUCAGCCAUUAAAAUUUGGCUCUUCAUUAAAUAGCAAGGCAGGGAAACUCUUCUUGCUACAUCUGUCCCAAAGGGGACACUUGGAUCUAGGCCUAGGGGAAAUCCACAAGCUAGGGGAGGGGUGAGAAAAGGCAGCUACUUGGGUUUUGUUUUUGUGUUUUUUUAAAAAUAUAUAUAUGUUAAAACUUAUAAGAGAGAAGCUCCACCCAGUUCUCAGGACCUGUUGCUUUGAAAUGUAGGCCAUGCGCUGAAUGAGCUACCAGGUUCUUCACACAGGUUGCAAAGUGUGAGGUUUUUUCAGACAUAUUAAGUAAUGCCUUUGUUAAAAGCCACAGCUGUCCCCUUUAUAACCCUAGCAAAACCAGCAAAAUUUACACCACCUUCCCACCUCAGCCAAAGGCAGCCUGUUACUUUAUAUGGAAAUGGGAAUUGCCAAUUGCUGAUAAUUUUACCUGUGUUUUUUUUUUUUAAAAAAACCAGAUGACAAAAAAAAGAGAGUCAUUUGUAGCUUUCAGAUAAAUUGGAUUAUAUGUCGUUUGGAAGAAGAGGAAUAUUUCCAAAUCUAGCUGAAAGGAAUCUGGUAGCUAGGCUAUAAAAUGUUAUUCAGUGUUUUGUCCAAAAAUUGUAUUUUUUAAAAAGUAGCAAGGACAUUUUAUAACAAAUGCAAUUUAUUGUAAUCAAAUUGCAGCAGUAACUGGGCUGUGUUGCAAGAGUAGUUUCUAACAGCUUGGUAAGCGACCCAGAAUUGCUUUUCUGAGUGAGAUGAAAAGCAUAUAAAUUAAAUAAAUUAAAAACAGAUAAGAUAAAUAAAUAAGCUUUGCAAUACAGUAUAAUUUGACAUGAAUGUUGCAAGUCAGAAUUUGAGUGUUUUGCCUAUUUUUUUAAGAUUGAAAUCCCAGUGGCAGACUGAUAGGGUGAAUUUGACAGAUCCAUCCCUAUAUUGCAGGGAGGAGUAUAGCCCACAGCAGAUUAAGGAGUUACUUUCCCUGGGAAACAAAAACUGGGAUUUUUUUUCUAUUGAACCAGAGCAGAACUUGGAACAUUAAUGAAAUUCCCUAAUCAGCUUGGACCAGAAGAAUUCCUGGUUGCCACUUUAGAAGGAAAUAAAAGACUUAUGUGUGUAUAUUUAACUGUCUCUACAGGAGUUAGAAGGAGCCUGUAAAAUAAAUUGUACAUCUGGGAAGCUCAGUUAUUUGGGAUUUGUACAGCACAACUUUCCCUCUUUAAUGAAUUCAGUUUCAGCCUGAGAUGUACAGGAUCUGGUUGGAGUCAAACCGAAGGCCAGCUUAUGCUUUGUGAUGGGUUCUUUUUCUGGUCAAUAUACAAAUUGCAACUUUUAAAUUCGUUGAAAGCUGGAAACUUUUAUUCCUCUAGUUUUAUUUAAAUCAAUUAAUCACUGUAAUUCUUUAUGAAGCCUUUUUUCCUCUUUAACAUUGGUUUAGUGGCAUCUUCAUUUGCACAUGUUUCCAAUUGUAUAAUUAAAUUUGAAUAAAAUCUUGUAUUUAUUAAGAACAUUAAUAAAUUAUUUUAUUGUCUUGCUUCCUAUAUAAUAGUGAUGACGAUAUCUUUUUGGCAUCGCGUGCCGAAAAGGGAGGGCCACAACCAGGAAGAGGAGUUGCCCAGGGUGCAUGUGUGCACCCAAAAAUGAACUUCCAGUUUCAGCUACUCAGCUUCCGGUUUCUGCCAGCUAUUCUUCCAGGUUUUCAGUUGUUGCAUGCGCAUGCGCCCAAGAAACCCGGAAGAGGAACGGGUGACGCCGUGCAUGCCAGACGACAUGGCUCCUUGUGCUACUUCAGGCACACAUGUCAUAGGUUCACCAUCACGGCUAUAUAGACUGGAGGGGAAAUUUGCUGCAAUGAGUUUAGAGAGCCUUGGCUUUCUUUGCCCCAUUUUGCAAAUGAAUUCAUAUCCUAAUUCUCUUACGUGAACCAGUAUGUUUUGUAUCCCAGAUCAAUCGCUGCACAUUUAUUGAACUGAAGCAGAACUAAACACAGUAGCUUAAGUUGCAUCUGAACUGGAGCAGUGGCCAAAACAAGAGUAUCAACAACUCUGCAGUGAAUUUCAACAUCUACCUAAUUGAAGGCAGAAAACUGGAAUGCAGGUUUUGGCGGUCUGACCCUCCCCUGUUACUCCUGCAUGCAGAAGGUGUUGCAUCUAGACUCUGUCCUAGGCUAAAUACUAUGUGAAAACCUGAAUUAGUCACAUUUUGCACUUUUAACAGGAACAAAGUUGGAGCUGAGGUAAACUGUCCUUGAUGCUAGUGCUGUUUUCAACUUUUUCAGUUGCUGCUUACGUCUUGACGACCCUUUCCCACAAUCAUCCCCAUUAAUGGAGAUUAGCAGAUCACUUGGAGAACAGAUAACCAUUGGGGCUUUAACUCCCUGCCAUCUUGUCCACAUCCAAGUUUUUUCUCGAUGCUUUUAAAAAUCUCAACACCUGAUCUACAGGAAAGCUGGCCAGGUGGGGUGGUCUCCCUCCAAGAAAUUAUUGUUUCUCAUAGCGUUUAUUAUGAGAAAUCAUAGCAGGUGGCAGCAUGCAUUGUCUGACCUUGAAAAGGCUAAGCAGGCUAAGACCUGAUGAGCACCUGGAGGGGAGACCAUUAGGAAAUCCCACAGUUGCAAGCUAGAAGAACAAAGUUGAAAAAGCAACGAUGAACCACUUCCAUGUCAUGGCCAAGAAACAACAUGAAUGUGCUCUUGGUGCA